ACUAAAUUUCUACAGGAUAACUUGAAUUGCUGCAUUUACAGUUUUCAUUCUUAGAUGCUAAUAGUAAACGUUACAUUUUGGAUGACGUUUUGGGUGGUAACAGUUAUAUAACAGAACUGAGGUAACAUUUUUAAGACAUUAGAAGAACGAGUUACAUCGAGUAAUACCAUGGAUUGUAUAGAAUGUAGAAAGGUUGGUAUUGAAGACUAUGAUUCUGUUAUGGCUAUCCGGACGGACGUCUAUGAUGGGCUGGACUACCUACCUGCCCUAUACCGGACAAUCAUGACCAAUCACACUGGGUAUGCCGUAUUCGUGAAUAAGAUUAUGGUAGGGUUUGAAUGCGUUUCUCUCAUUGAUGAUGGAGAAACAUUAAUAGCACGUGCAGCACGCAUCCGUAAAGAAUACGUAGGUAGAGGGUUGGCCUAUCAUCUGAGAAACGCCAUUACACGGGACAAUGCAAAUAAACCUAAGCUUAUACGUUCGGUGUACACAUCUGCAAACAAGAUUGUCUUACAGAGAGUAAAGGAAGGGAGAGCUGAACUUGUAUUACAAAAGGCGAUCCUGUUAUACAAAGGACUGAUGUCAAAUAUCCUUCCUUCCUUGCCUACCGUUGAUAACACCAUAGUUAGGAUCCUAACCAAGGAGGACCUAAAGAAACUGAUGUCAUCCAAAACAGACACAGACAGGCUGUUCCCAAAAGGAAGAAUAACUGUUGACUGGGUACCGUAUCGUCUGUUGGCAACUAACGUUGAUCACUUCUUCAACGAAUUUUGUCACAUUUUGGGCAGUGAUUUGAAAGACGGCAAGUCAGAAGGGUUAGAAUGCAUUUCACUGGCUGUUGGGUACAGCGUACCUAAUGGAAUUCGAUACAACGUUGAACUCUACGGCAACUUCACCGAAGAAAUCCUGUCAAUUCACAUGGCGGAGCAUCUCGGGAAGUGCUCAACAUUUGGAAAAGAGAACAUCAAUUUAUUGUUAUAUUAUGAUCAUGGUGCAGACGUUCUAACGAAAACAAUGCACCAAUUUGGAAUGACUAUAUCUGAUGCCUUUCUCUCAAACAUGAUGUAUGGUAUAGAAGAACCAAUGGUUUCACUAUCAAAAUACUGACUGACUUAUCAAAGUUUGGCCAAUGUUUAAUACGAUGACGUGAUACACACAUUCCUUGUUACUUAUUCACUCAAUCCCCACUGAACCUUUGCUUAGGCAAUUUUAGUUUUUAUCGAAGUAAAAUUUUUCAUCAAAA